AGCUACAGUGUACGAAUGUUCCGUAAACCCCUCAAAUGCAGGUUAUCGGUAGAUACUACAAUUUCCCAAUGUUCAUUAAACGUCUCACUAUCAGGCUAUUGGUUGGCUGGGCGCCUGCGCACUGAGAAGCCCCCACGAGCCUCCGCUCAUUUCCCUCAUCUGUCGCAGCAGGUGGCAGUCAACUAUUUUCCACACCAGCACCACCUUCCUCCUUCCUGUUUCCGGUUCUUGUCUCCAGCUGCUGAGCGCCAGAGAAAAACUGAUUUAAUAACUGAUUUAAUAUCUGUAAACGUCUCCGCUGCAAACCGACAGGCUCAGGCCCCUCCCACCAUGGACCCCGACCACUUCACCUGUUCCAUCUGUCUGGGGCUCUUCACGGAUCCGGUCACCGUCCCGUGUGGCCACAGCUACUGCAUGAGCUGCUUGACUCGCCAAUGGGACAGUCAGCCCGUGUGCAGCUGUCCACAGUGCCGAGCCUCCUUCAGUCCCAGACCGGCGCUGGGCAGGAACACGCUGCUGGUGGAGAUGAUGCAGAGACUCUGCGUCGUCGGUCCUCCGCUGCACGAAGACCGGGGCUUCGCACAUGCCACCUUCGAUGUGUCCUCGGUUCGGCCCGAGAGGACGGACGGAGAGAGGCUUCUGGGGCAAACUCUGCGACGUUUGACUGAGCUGAUCAAUGACCGAGAGCUGGAGCAUCAGCAGCUCAAACAAACCCUGAGCUCCUUCACCCGUCUGGCCAAAGCCGCGGUGAAGGACAGCAGCAGGAUCUUCUCGGAGCUGCUGGACUUUGUGGAGCGUCGGCGCGUCGAGGUGAAGGAGCUGAUCCGGGCUCAGGAGAAGGCCGAAGUGGCCCGAGCGGAGAACCACCUGCGGCGUCUGGAGCGGGAGAUCUCGGACCUGAGGGGGAGGGAGGCGGAGUUGGAGAGACUGUCUCACAGUCGGGACGGUCACCUGAUCCCGCAGAUGUGUCGUCAGUGUCCGGACUCUGCAGCAGCAGCCUCUGGCUCGCUGACUGUCAGUCCGCACGUUUCCUUCGGGCCCGUGAGGAAAGCCGUCUCCGAGCUGACGGAGCAGCUGCAGAGUCUGUACCACAGAGAGUCCCCAAGUGUCGCCUCAGCAGUGAAAACUGUGAACAUCCUGCAGAUGAAAAAGGCUCAGGGAGGAGCAGAGUCUGGUGAUUCCGUCGUGGCCCUGACGUUGGACAACAGAAGCGACCUCCUUCAGUGUGAGCAGCACCGGUUCUGCUCCGUGGGUCUGAAACCAUCUCUCUGCUCAGCCGCUUCCUCAAACCUCUUUGGUCUCUUUUCUUUCUCCUCCGCAGAUUUCUGUCCGCUGUCUCUGGACCCGUUCACCGCGAACAGGGAGCUCUCGCUGACCGAGGGCAACCGCGUGGUCAGUCGCACGGGAGAGCUUCACUCUUACCCGGACCACCCGGAUCGCUUCGACACCUGGGGCCAGGUGUUGUGCCGCGAGGGGCUGCAGGGCCGCAGCUACUGGGAGGCCGAGUGGGGCGGACAGCAGGUGGUGCUGGGGCUCACUUAUGAAAGCAUCGGGAGAAAGGGGUCGUCCAACAACUGCCGGCUGGGACACAACUCCCUCUCCUGGAGUCUUUCCUGCAGCCCCUCCUCAUUCGCCGUCUGCCACGGAAACGAGUCGCAGGCGGUGGCGAUUCCGGUUCCUGCAAAAUCGGCGUCCCGCAGGGUCGGGGUGUUUCUGGACCACGACGCCGGGCUGCUCUGCUUCUACGCGGUGACGCCCGGAGGAGUCUGCCUCCUGCACAGGGUGGAGAGCAUAUUCGAGGGGCCGCUCUACCCGGCGGCCUGGCUCGGAAUCAGCUCCACUGUCAGCUUCUGCCCCGCGGACUAACAGAGCACCGACUCCUACACGUAGACCGGCCCGUGUGUGACUUAAGUGUUGUUGGCAGCGAAAACAAAAUGCCCUUCCGCCUCCAUUGUAUUAAAAAUAGAAAGUGGGGAAAUGUUUUUGCGGCUAGAACAAAGUGACCUCAUAAGAAACACUUGAGACACAAGAGUAGUGCUUGAGUUGGUUUUUAUUAUUAUCGUUAUUAACCGUUGACACAAAUUAGCAGAGAAGAAACAAGGCGCGAUGAAAGACGAGCAAAAGAAAAACAAAAAAGACACAGGAUCAGAUCUUGUUGAACGCUGCUACGUCGACACUCUGGACCUGAAAAAGAGAAAAGAGGUGAAAUUAAGAAGUUUUAAAUUUCUCCUGUACAUUCUAAAAUAUUCAGUUUACGCCUCAUUUUGGUAGCAACGUAACGAAUGUACAGUUGGCAGUUUAAAAAAAAUCUAAAGCCGUUUUUAGACAUGAGUAAAACGCUUUCACAACAACAGUAUAAUUAUAUAGACGGUUUCCUAUAAUGCAAUUCAGUUCAGUCUGAAUAAAAGGUUUGAAUCUUUGCCGACCUAUUGUAUUAAAUUACAGAGGGAUCAGGUGCAUCCUAAACUGACAACUGGAUUUUUAUUUUACGUGUCUGAUUAUUUAUUUAGUUUUUCUUUUAAUAUCGUCCACAAUAAAAGCAGGUUCACUAAGA